AUGUUGCCUCCCAUCACUGAUAGUAUCCAAGAAAGCAUUGGAUCCACGCCCAUGGUCAAACUGACCCCACAGAACAAAGUCAAUAUCCUUGCAAAGCUAGAGUACAUGAAUCCUACUGGAAGCGCAAAGGAUAGGCUUGCAAGGUAUUUGCUGGAUGAGCACGAAAAAAAGAACCCAUUCGAAUCCAGAGAUGCUGCCACUGGUAAAAAGACCUUGAUUAUCCCUACAUCUGGUAAUCUUGGCAUCUCACUUGCUACUCUGGCCGCUAAGCGUCAAUACCGUAUCAUUGCCAUCUUGCCAGAACGUACAUCCAACGAUCGCAUUUCUUUGUUAAAAGCAUUAGGCGUGGAAAUCCUGAGAUCACCCAAUGAAGUCAGACCCGAAGCACCAGAAAGCGCGCAUUCGGUUGCUGCUCGACUUGCUGAACAGCUGCCCAACGCUAUUGUCAUGGACGAGACGAAAUUACGUGAUUUGACAGCCUAUCAUGGUUUGGCAGAGGAAAUCCUUCAACAAACAAAACUGUCUGUGGAUUAUGUGUUUGUGGGCGUUGAAUCAGGUGCCAUGUUGACAGGCAUUGCACAGUAUCUCAAAAACAAGAUGCCCGGUGUGAAGGUCAUUGGCGUUGAACCCACUGAUUCUGCGCUGGGAGACAAUGGAUCGGCAAAGCCUGUGCGUGGUGUUGAUUGGAAGAUUGAAGACUUGGGCAGCAACGUCAUUCCAGACAGCCUCGAUAAGAACCUGGUGGACGAAUGGAUCAAGAUCUCUGACAAGGAGGCAUACUCCAUGGCACGUCGAUUGAUUCGUGAUGAAGGCAUUCUUUGUGGACCUUCAUCAGGUGCCUUGGUUGCUGCAGCUGCUCAUCAUGCACACGCCAUCACUAACCACAGCACACACACUCCACAGUCAGUUGUCAUCCUGAACGACUCUUGCAAGAACUACACAUCCACCCUGUUAUCAGAUGACUGGCUGUUCGAAAAUGACUUGGCCGAUGACCUGAUCACAAGCGAGUUGCAGUAUAUCUCUCAAAAUAGAUAUCGUGCUGCUAGUGUGGAGGAUCUUCAAUUGCCUGCUGCGGUCACUAUUGCUCCCACUGCGACUGUAUCCCACGCUAUGGAUCUUAUGCUGGAACGUGAGUAUUCCCAACUACCCGUGAUCAAAAAUCGCAAAUUGGUAGGAUACGUAUCUUUGAGUGCCUUGCAAGAUCGUUUGGAAAGUGGCUCGGUUCAGUUGGCGGAUACCGUUGGUGACGCCAUGUAUUCGUUCAAAAAGGGCGUGGUUGCCAACAAAUAUGAAAUCAUCACGCCUGAUACUAGUUUGGCUGAUCUCGCCAAGUUCUUUGAGAAGAACUCGUUUGCUGUAAUCACUGAUGCAAACAGAAAAUGGUGUCUUGGUGUGGCUACAAAGUAUGAUUUAAUUAGUUUCUUGCAUAGACGUCAAUUCUUGUAG